GGUUUCACACGCAAAGAUUCACUCAUCGCAGAGGCGCGUCAGAGAGUGUGGGACCCUGUCUUUAAACCCUGUUCGAGGAGUACAACAGCAACUCUGUCGUCCUUCGUAUUUCCAAUCAAUGGCUUUCAUCAUGAUGAAAAAGAAAAGGUUUAAGUUUAAAGUGGACGUGGAGCUGGAGGAGCUGUCAUCUGUCCCGUACGUGAACGGAGUUCUGUUCUGCAAAGUCCGACUGACGGACGGAGGCUUUUCAGAGGAGUCUUCGAGAGAGCCAGUUUUGGUGAAUUGCGUCAAAUGGAAGAAAAGAUUCUCCUUUAUAUGUAAGAUGAGUGCUAAUGCCGGGACAGGGGUGCUGGAUCCUUGUGUUUUUCGAGUGUCUGUAAGAAAGGAGCUCAAAGGUGGGAAGACGUUUGCAAAGCUUGGUUUUGCUGAUUUAAACUUGGCUGAGUUUGCUGGUUCAGGAAGCACCACGAGGCGCUGUCUAUUGGAGGGAUACAACACCAAAAACACACGUCAAGACAACUCUAUACUGAAGGUGAUAAUCAGUAUGCAUCUAAUGUCGGGUGAUCCCUGCUUUAAAACGCCUCCAUCCACUGCGAUGACAAUUGGAUUUCCAGGAGACACAGAGACAUGUUUACAUGAAGAAAGAAGAGGAGAGACACCAAACACAACUAAUUACUUUACAGAAAACUUAGGAAAAAGUCAUGGUUCGGUUCCAGAUGAACUGGGAAAGUGUGGCCACUCAAGAACCGCCAGCUAUGCCAGCCAGCAGUCCAAGUUCUCCGGUUACAGCACAGGUCACUCGCGUUCCUCCAGCCUGACAGAGCUUUCUCAUCGGAGGAACUUGUCUGUGGGCAGUGCCUCCACCGGGAUAGGUAGCCUUCCAGAACCCAGUGAGGACAGAGAGUCCCGAACACCUUUACCACAGCAUUUACCCACACCGUCACAUAGUGCGAUCUCAGCCAGCAGACACCCUGUAAAGCAGGACUCGGUUGAGUGUCAGUUAAAGCGAGUGGACGCUACCAGAGUGGACGCUGAUGAUAUCAUUGAAACAAUCCUACAGGGUCAAGACUUCAGCCACAGCAUUCUGGACUCCAGUAAUGAAGAGGAAGGUCUGCGUCUGUUUGUUGGGCCAGGAGGCAGCACUGCACUGGGCUCUCAGCACAGCAGGGUUGGUGCUGGAGCGUUUGAACAGGUGGUUAUAAAACGUUAGACUGAGCGUCCAUGGGGGAAGGUGAUGUAAUAUCUUGUGUCAAAAGAGGGGACGGCAGUCUUCCAUCGCAAGCAGCACUUCUAUACUGGUCUACUGACACAUCCUUGGGCUCUAGGGAUUGUGGAAUUCCUGCUCCCCCUACUGGUCAUCUCUGGAGACAGACAGAAGCUUUUUUCUGUAGCUAAAAGUAACAGAAAAUGCUUGGAUUGGAAGCUUUUUACCAAAGUAAAAGUUUUCUUUUCUAGUUUUCUGAAAGGGACUUAAAGGGAUCGUUCACGCACAAAAUUCAGUUCUGUCAUCAUUUAUUUACCUUCCACUUGUUUCAAAUUUGUAUUUUGUACAGAAAAGAAGAUGGUUUCAAAAAUGUUGGAAACUGGUAACCAUUGACUUCUGUAGUAUUUGUUUUUUAUACUAUAGAUUGGCUAGCAGUUUCCAACAUUCUUCAGAAUAUCUUCUUUUGUGUUCAACAAAAUAAAAUGUUUGGAACUAAACAAGGAUGAGUAAAUUUAAAUAAAUUUGGGGGUGAACAAUCACUUUAACGCUGGCAGAACUGAAAAGGCCUUUUAAAAUUUUCUGGGCAUAUUCUAUAUAACCCUCUUUAUAUUUUCCUAAAUCCAUUGACAUGGACUUUGAUUUGUCCAGUGUUGCUUUUAACAGAUGCUGCUAAUUAGAAAAAAGCAAGUGUACUUGUUUAAUGUAAAACAGUUACUUCAAGUGGACAACUGGAAAUCAUAUUUCUGAUAAAAGUAUUUUUGUAAAGUCUUAUUACAAAUGUGUUCAUUUAUAAGAUAAUUAUACAUAUAUAGUGAGGAGAAGACAGCUAAGAUUUUCUGAACUCUUAAAGAGGCUAUUCGAUCAACAUAGUUGACUAGUGAGUUACUUUAUAUCAUUGUUUAGCACUGUCUAAUGUAAUCCAUUAAUUUUAUGUGGAUUGAUGAUGCUGUAAAUGGUAGAUAUUUCAAGACAUUUAAACUGAAUGACGUUUAAAAAACAUAAUGCACAUUAAUUUUACAGGCAUUCCUGUAUGGUUAAGAAAUAUGCACAAGGCCUGAGCCGAGAUUGAGGUUUCAUUUAAAUACAGUUUUUGUUGUUUGUUUGUUUAAAGGAGAUCGUAUAUGCGGGAUUUUAUAAUUUGUUCAGAGUUCAGACAAUGUUUUCCAGUAAUAAACAUGCCAUUUUAAAGGCUAAUAAUUCUUAUUGUAGAUUACAGAGCUGUUAUAUCUGAAGAUUGUUGUAUAUAAGAAAGUGAAUUUAAUUUAUGUUUGUCAAGUGACAAUUGUCAAUAAACAAAUACUAGUUAGUAAUUGUUAGUGAUUUCAUCAGAAACAAUGUACCAGCAGUCAAUUGUUUUGCAUUUAAAGAGUACAUUAGAGAGUAACUUUUUUAUAUAAAACUUAUAAUUACAAGUA